AUGAUCGUGAAAAUGGCUUACAACUGCCUAAAAAAUGGAAUCAGUUCAGCGAUCUGAGACGGCUUUUAUGUAGUAGUGGAUUAACCAGUCAAUCUACACUGUUAAAAUGGUAUUUUAAUGCCUACUUGAUUUUCCCUCGCAUAUUCGAAGAGCUUCCUCGUUUGUUCACCUGUCAAGACACCAGCCUAGAAGAUGUAUUGGGAUUAAUACCAGAUAAUUGCGGCUCGUCCGUUUCUAGAAUCAAGUACGGGACAAACGGAAACGGCCUCGGGCGCCCGCUCUACAGAAUCACCACCAAAGACAUUCUGGAACCCAACAGACCUAUGUUUCUGCCUCCAUUUAGAACGAGCGGUACGCCCGGCCCGCCAACCACCUUGGUAAAGUUGGGAGGA